AUGAAUAAAAAUAAUAUAUUAUUAACUGAUAUUGGUCAACGAAUUCUUUUUGGUAUAUGUGUAAUUCUUUUUCUAUUGAUAAUUCUAUUUGUUUUUGGUAAAAUUCAAUUUAUUAUCUUUAUUCUACUGAUUAUAAUAAGUUAUAAAUUAACUGAUUAUUAUGUAUUAUCAUUAAAUAAAUCUCCAAAAUAUUGGCCAAAUUUACUCAUAUUUUUUGAACCAACAAAAGAUUUAGAAAAAGAACUGAUAAAAAAACAGAUUACAAAUAGUCAUUAUACACAGAAAAAUCCAUGGAUUCAUUUAAUGCUAUCAAAACGAAUUGAUGCAGCAAUAGAUGAAUUUUGUUGUUUAUGUCUUAGAGAUCAUGUAUAUCCAUGGUUAUCAUUAAUUACUCAUGAUGAUAGUGUAGUUUAUGAAACAAAAUAUGUCUUUCGAUUUUUUUUGGCAACAGUUAUUCGUCGAAUACAAAAUGUUAAUAUCAAUGUAUUCGUUCUUGAACGUCUACUUCCAUUAAUUUUUCAAACAUUAGAUCGUUAUAUUCAAAUGAUUAAAAUUGAAUCUCUUAAUGAAUCUCAAUUUUCAAAUGAUUUUCUCAAAAAAAUGUUUAAAAAUGAUCUUCAUAUAGCAAUGUAUAAUCGUCAAUCGGAAAUAAAAUAUUUAAAACGUCUUAUACUUGAUUUAAUGCCAAUAAUAACACCAAAAUUUGUAUAUGAAUGUAAAGGAUCUCGUCAUUUUUUAAGUGAAUUAAUUGCUUGUCAAAUUCUUAUCGAUGGUAUUGAUGCUAUAUGUGAACCUAAUACAGUGAAUCGUUUAUUUCAUCUUUAUUUUAUAACGGCUAUUCAACGUCGAAAUUCACCUUCGAAUAUAAUUGUAAAUCCAACAGAUUCAUCAGUUGAAUUAUUAACACAUUUUUGUACAAUGAAUGGACCUAUACAUAAAAAUAAAUUAUCUUUACAAUUAACUGAUGUUAUGUACGAAAAAGAAUUAUUAAGUCAAUUUAGUCGUGUACUUGACCGUCAUGGUUCAGUUGGUUUAUUAAGUAUUUAUAUAACAUUAUCUGAUAUAUUAAAUGAUAUUCCAUCAGCAUCAAAUAUAUUAGUACGAAAAAAAAUUCAUCGACGUUUAAAAAAUAUUGAGGAACGUUAUCUUAAUAGAAAAAAUUCUGAUGGUUAUGUAAGCAUUAAUAAUCCAUAUGAUUUAAAUGAUACAUUAAUAAAUGAUAUAAAAGAUUUAAUAUAUAAUCAUUUAGAAGAAAGUGUUAAUGAUGAAAAUAUUGAAAAUAAGUCAGAUAAUUUAAAUCAAAUAUUUGAUAUGCAACAUACAUUUUCAUUAUUAUCUCGAUUUCAUUGUAAAAUUUAUGAAUUAGUUGAAGAAAAAUAUCAACGAUGUUUUUUAACAAGUGAUGAACAUUUUCUUUAUAUGUGUGGAAGAAGAAUGGAUUCACCAGAUUAUAAAAUUAUUGAAAAAAAUUUGGAUGAUAUUACAUUAGAUUUCAUUCAUAUUGACGAAAUCAGAAAUGCUAAUGGAAAUACACAGAAACGUAAUGUAUCAAGACAUUAUACAACAACAUCAUACAAAGAAUUGGAAGAAAAAGAUGAAGUAAAUAGAAAAUAUCCAGAAGAUACAACAAGUAUUGGUAGUAAUAGUUCUAUUGAUGAAAGAGAUUUAAAUACAUGGCGUAUUCGUAUUAGUGGUAUUAAAGAAUUACAAGAUAAUAUACAUUCUCAUAUAAAAUAUUUUGUAUUUAUAAUUGAAAUACGACGAUUAGAUGGUAAUAAUGAAAAUCUAUUAAUUAAUGAUGAUGAAAAAGCUCAUUGGAUUAUAGCAAGACGUUAUCAAGAUUUUUAUUUAUUAGAACAAAAAUUAAUUCAAUUUCAUGGAGUUUUUUCUGAUGCACGUUUACCACCAAAACGAUCGACAACAUUUGUUCGAAAUCGAGAAUUUCUUGAAUCAAUUAAAAAAGAUUUUGAUAAUUUUUUAAGACAUUUAUUAACUAAACCAACAUUACGUAAUAGUGAAUUAUUAUAUAAUUUUCUUACACAACCUGAUGAUUUUACUUUACCAAAUGGUGAAGAUGUUUUAGCAAAAAUGUUUCGAGUUGUACCACGUCGAUUACGUACUGAGAAAGGUCAAUAUCUUGAUCCAUUUCUUGUAUCAUUAAUCAAUUAUGCUGAACCAGCAAAACCAAAAGUAACACAACCAAGUCCAAUUUUUAAUGAUAUUAUCGAAGCAAAACUUGCAAAUUCAAUCUAUGGAAAUAAUGCAAAUGUAACAAAUCCUAUAGAAGAAUUUAUAACAGAAGACAAAUCAACUACUCAUGAACUUGAUAGUGUCUAUGAUCAUUUAAUUGUUGUUGCUAAAGAAAUCUUUUCUGCAUCACCUUUAUUAAUUUAUCUAUUAGAUUUACUUCGUAUACCAUUAAAAAAUUCUUUUAAUACAUUUUUUUCACAAUUUAUUGAUGAUAAUGUUGAUGAAAUUAUAAAUGAUGAAGAGAAUAUUAUUGAUGUAAUUCAUGCUCUUCGAGAUGUAGUUUUUCCAAAUGAUGUAGAAGAUAAAAGUCCAACAGAUUUAGUAAAUUGUGAUGAUGUUGUUGCAGCAGCUGAAGAAUUUUUACCAAAAGUAAUCAAAUUUGUACUUGGUAAAACAAAUAUUCAAAAUGGUUUAGAAAUAAUUUUUCGAUAUUUUCAAGAUCCAUUACUUAAUAAACAAUUAUUUUAUAUGCUUCUCGAUGAAAUUCUCUUACAAAUUUUUCCUGAAUUACAAGCACAUUUUGAUAAAACAAAAAUUCGUGCAUUAUAA